AUGGCCGACGCACUAGACCUGGUUAAUAGGGACCCUAACAACAUCAACGACCAUCUUUCGUGUCAAUUCGAGGAUGUGUUGGCUGAACCCGAGGGCACACACAGUAUCGACUGUGUAUGGAAGCUGUCCUACACCUGCUUCAACCUGUGGAAGGGUCUUUGCUACAAGAUCUCCACACUCCUCUGUGGUAUCUGUAUCGCCGCACAAUGGGGCUGCCAGUUUGCCGAGGUCUCAUUCUACCAUGUCUGGUAUUUCACACCUUGCUUCAAGAUGAUGGACCUGAACUGCGGCUGUCUCAAGAAGAUCUGGCAACAGUGCAUCGGCUGCUGCAUGGAGCCGGUCUGUAUGGCCUGUGGCAUGCUCUUCCAUCAGUUUAAAAAGUGA